AUGCAAAACAAGUUCCUAUUAUAUAUAUUUGCAACGAUAUUAUUUACAGUGGAUGCUGGUGAUCUUAAGGAUCAACGACAUCUUGGAGAUAAUUCAAAAUGCAUGAAUUGUAUUUGCAAAAGUACAAGUUCCAGUAGCUUAAACUUUUUUCUUAUUGGUGAUAGUGGAGGAAUACCUGUUUUCCCAUAUAAAACUUACGCUCAGAUUAAGGUGGCUGAAGCUAUGGUAAAAUUAUCGAAAAGCCACCGAGUGAAGCCUAAGUUUAUUAUGUCAGCUGGUGAUAACAUUUACUAUAACGGCGUAGCGAACGAAAAUGAUGAGAGAUUCAGAACAUCAUUCGAAGAUAUAUAUAAUGAUGAAGCACUUGAUAUUCCUUGGUAUAUGAUUGCGGGCAAUCAUGACCACUUUGGCAAUAUAACUGGCCAAAUCGCUUACACAGAUAGGAGUACAAAAUGGAAAUUUCCAUCAUUAUACUACAAGAUUUCAUAUGCGUUUGGUAAUGAUCCCACAUUGGUUGAUUUUAUUAUGAUCGACACAGUUAUGCUGUGUGGUAAUACAAGAGAUAUUGAUAAUGCGAAUUUUCUGGAAAUGAUCAUAUCGCAAAAAAUUGAAAACCCAAAUAAGCCAAAGGAUCCCAAGGCAGCUGAAGAGCACCUGGACUGGAUCGAACUACAAAUUAAUACUUCAAAAAGCGAUUAUCUAUUUGUUGUGGGCCAUUAUCCAAUUUAUUCAGUAGCUGAUCAUGGACCUACACAAUGCCUAAUUGACAAGCUAAAUCCCAUAUUAAAAAAAUACCAUGUCUCAGCCUAUUUCUCUGGACAUGACCACAAUUUGCAACAUUUGGUCGUUUCCUAUGAAGAUCCGAUGCAACCUAAUGAGAAAUUUGUGAUGAAUUAUAUUGUGUCCGGUGCCUCAUCUCGAUCAGAUAAUUCGAAAAAGCACAUGAAAGAUAUUCCUCCUGAUUCGCUACGUUUUCGUUAUCCAAGCUCUUUCAAUCCACUAUCACAACUUGGUUUCACAAAUGGUGGUUUUAUCGCAGUUAACAUUACAAAAGAAGGUGGGAAUUUUCUGUUCUAUAAUGGAUUAAUUCAUCAAAAAUAUUCUUGUUAUAUAAAACCACGUAAAAUGGUUUAA